AUGACGACAAUCGAUAACAAGUACAAAUACUCUAGAUUACAGAAAUUCCUUGACAAACAAGAAACUCUAAGGACAUUUAAACAGAAAUAUGUGAGGAGCAAACAAAGCACCACAGUAUCUCCAAAGUCCAUUGGUUGUUUACACAGAAUCCGAACUAAUAUUUGGGACACCAUCAACUAUACAAGACCUUCUGUCCUCGGCAAGGUUUACCUAUUCGUAUCAUUUCUAAUGGUCCUAACAUCCAUAUUUGUCCUGGCAUAUAGUACACACUCAUCGUUCCACAGGGAAAUGACCAACUGCGAGAGACUACAGUACAUCGACACAACCGACAUUGACGGCUAUGAGUUUAUUAAACCAUACUUGGAAGGGUUAUGUACACUAGGUGAUGUGCCUGAAUUGUCACAAAGUCUGAUCAAAAGACUGAACUUGAGUGACGUCGGAAAUUUUUCAGUUGUUCAGAAAAAUGAAGAUGUAGAAGGUGAUUUCAAAACUUUCAUGUUCACCCUUAUCCAUAAACAGAUAACUGAGAUAAAUGAAAGGGAUGAAUCUGAAAAUGCUGAGAUACCUUAUCCAGAUUGGCUAGACGACUUUUGGUUUAAUAACGAUACAACUUUCGAAGAUUUUUAUGAACCACCACAUUUGAAGGUUGGCCAUCAUGAAGUAAAACCGAUUCCACUAGCUGAGGCUUUUACUCUGCAAAAAGAUGUUUCAAUUCCAAACGUUAAAAUUAAAAUGUAUAUACUUAUCAUUUUAGAGGGUUUGACAACCAUUUUUUUCUCUCUAGAAAUUUUGUUACGCCUCUCUACAUGUCCAAAUAUCAAGGUAUAUUUCUUAUCAGUGAUUGAUUGCUCAGACGCAUUGUCUCUUCUGGGUUCCUAUCUUUAUUUCUGUCUUUAUUUGACAGUCCCUCACUUACGAUACGGAAGUUGGAUUGAUUAUUUGGCUUAUUUACAGACAUUAAGGUCUUUGCGUUUCUUUCGCUUGGUUCUGAAUAUGAGAGCUGGAAUCGUUCUGGCGUAUUCUGUUCGUAGACAUAUUAAGGAUCUGGUCAUUUUGUUAUUGUUUGUGUUUGCUGGAAUGUGCACUUUUGGAACAUGCAUUUACAUAGCAGAAGAUAACGCAAAAAUAGAAAGCAUACCAGACGCUUGGUAUUUGUCCAUCGUAACCAUGACAACGGUUGGUUACGGUGACAUUUAUCCUGAAACAAAAGUUGGUAGAUUCAUUUGUUGUCUGUGCGCCGUCGCUGGCGUAAUAUUGCUUGCUCUGACUGUUCCAAUGUUUACAAAUCAUUUCCAAAUGCUAUAUAACCAUAUUGAAACUGAAAAUGUCAUAGAAAAGUACAAGCAAAAGAAAGAUGAUAAUAAAGCACUUGCUACGAAAACAAAAUAAGACUUAAGUUUAUGAAGAAACAGGAAACCACAUAAUAGUCAACACUUACUUAAAAUGAAUUUAUUAUAGUAUGGUUCAACCUGAGUUGUUGAUUAAAUCGUAAAUAUUGUGCUUUUGUCGGUCAUAUAUAUUUUAAUUCAAUUUGGUAUCAUCUAAAUUUAACGUAAAUUAAAGUGGUAGAUACGAAAACAUCAGAAAUGUAUUCAAAAGAAUUUCAAAAAGCGUGUUUUUAUUUAUCAAAUACAUAAACAAAUGUCUAUUUAAGACAACCAUUGUUAUAAACAUAUUAAAGAUAUUUAUAUGGAAAAGGUAGAUGUUUUUGUUUUAUAACAUCAAUUUUUGUAGACAAUG